AUGCUUGAGGAAGGACAUGUGGGCUCCUGGCCGUGCACCUGGACCACUUCCAGAAAGAACAGUUUGGGCUGGGUCUGGCUGACCGUGGUGGCAAUGAUGAAGCAUGCCUGGGAUAAUUAUAAGCAAUACGCAUGGGGAUUAAACGAACUGAAACCCAUAUCUAAGCAAGGACAUUCAAGCAAUUUAUUUGGUAACAUUCAAGGAGCAACAAUAGUGGAUGCCCUUGAUACACUAUACAUCAUGGAAAUGAAGGAGGAAUUCAAGGAAGCCAAGGAGUGGGUUGAAAAAAACUUAGAUUUCAAUGUGAAUGCUGAGAUUUCGGUAUUUGAAGUCAACAUCCGUUUUGUUGGUGGACUACUUUCAGCUUAUUAUCUUUCAGGAGAAGAGUCCCUAUUGCCUGUCAUGGUUUCUGGAGAGGAUGAAGAAGCUAUUUUGUCUAAGAGCUUUGACUACUGCAGUUAUUUCUGGAACAUCCAAGAAGCCAGAGAUCAG